UUAUUUUUAAGAAAAAAAAAAGACUUUUUGUGGUUCUCUCUUCCUAUAUAAAAGAAGAUGAUAAGUUAGACACUUCACUGCAAAAAAUAUCUCACACAAAUUAAGCAAAUACGGAGUACAUGAUACGGAGUAAUAGCACAACGCCACCAAAGCAUAGGUGAGAAAAAGUGAACAAUUACGGAAUUAAGGAAAGUACAUAAAUUGGAAUAUAUAAUAUGAAGGUGUUUACAGCAGCAAAAUGGAUUUGGUGGUGCACCGUGAUAAUAACGGUGGUGGUUAUGCUUUCAUUGACCCUAAUAAAAAAGGAACAAGUUGGCAGGCAACUAGGCCAGCAAGUAGGGGCUUUCACCACCGUGACAUUCGAACUUGAUGAUGGUCUUUCGGGCUAUUCAGAAUUCUUAACAAGGUUGCGCGACGCAUUGGAAGCCCCCACAAAGGCAUGCGGCUUGCAAACGACGGUAGGUAGCCCAUCAAAGGGUGAAGAAUAUAUUCAUGUGGAUAUCAAAUUUAGUAACACACAAUGGGUGACCAUAGGAAUAGAUGUAAUGGAUAUGUAUGUGUGGGGUUAUAAAGAUAAUGUUAAAUAUAAGGGUAAAUCUCGAGCCACUUUCUUCAAAAACACUCCUAAAGUUGCCAAGGAUAACCUUUUCCCAGAUACGACACCAAGAACUACUACAUUUCUUAGCACCUAUGGAAGCCUAGAGAGGUACGCCAAAGUAGGCAGAGUGGACCUUGAACUAACCCUUAAAAACCUUAAAGCUUGCAUCAUAAGUGUUUACGGGAAACCAGAAAAAGAACUGGAUAACGCGGUUGAGGCUAAAUUUGUACUUAUCGCCGUCCAAAUGGUUGCAGAGGCAACACGUUUUAGAUUCAUGGAAAAGGGAAUAGUUAACUUCGAUAGCUCAAAAGCGUUCAAAUACAAAAUGGUAGCUUUUCAGAACGACUGGGAUCCAGCCUCCCAAGCUAUUCAUAAAGCAUCACCUACGUGCACGACUAUUUCUCCGACCCUUGUAAUUAGUACCAUCGACUAUAGGCAGGAGGUGAAAGAAGUGGAUGAAAUAAAAGACGACAUGGGUCUCCUAAAGUUCAAAAGGAGCAACACUAUACAGUCAAUUUCGAAUGACGAUGGUGUUGUUGAUAAUGAUCAGAAUCUACACUUCAGUGAAUUGUGAUAAUCUAUCCCAAUUCAAUUAACUACCGGACGGCUUCAAUUCUUAACUACCUGUAUCACUUGCGCAACGUGUAUGUAAAGAAAUAUAUGUUGUACUACGUAUGUAAUGUUACUAAUGUAUAUCGUUCUGUUUAAUUUAUUUUUAGUUUCCACGUGGACUAUGAAUAAA